AGAGCUACCACGACAGACAGCAGCAUUUAAGACAUUUAACGUUCAACAUAAAGUCACUUUAAAUUAUUUUUACGCUAUUGUGCAACUGUAUUUGUGUAUUAACGUAUGUAGUGACAGUUUCGUUGUCAUUUGGAGAGAUGCUUCGUCGUAUUUGUAGCAUUUAUGUGUAACGUCAGCGCUGUAUGGGUGGUCUAGUUAACGUUACUAACGUUUCUGUUAAACGUUAGCUCACUUCUUUGACAGCAUUGCGACCAAAAGGCAAACAUUUACAGGCAGAAGCCGAGGCUUUUAUUUUAAAACGUAAAGCGGAAGUGCUUUGUGUUCGCGACAGGCAGCAGCUUGACGCUCGUCAGGUCGACGGACGCUGCCUUGGAAACGACAUAAAUCCAGUCCACGCAGCUGGGUCGCGAGCAGGGACCCAGAUUUCCUCACUUCAAAGGCUUCCGCUCCUCUUCCUCCUCCUCCUCCACCUCCUCUUCCUCCUCCUCCUCCACCUCCACCUCUCUCCAUCCAUCCAUCGAACUGCGAACAUGGGCGAGCUGAAAUGAAACGCAGAGCCGGAGAGAAGCAGCGGGGAGGAGCAUUUAAAUAAGCCAGAGAAGAAGAAGACCGCAGCCAGGUGUAGAGCAGCAUGCCGUUGGUGAAGAGGAACAUUGAGCCCAGGCACCUGUGCCGUGGGGCGUUGCCGGAUGGGGUGACCAGUGAGCUGGAGUGUGUCACCAACAGCACCCUGGCAGCCAUCAUCAAACAGCUGGGCAGUCUGAGUCGCCAUGCAGAGGACAUUUUCGGAGAGCUGUUUAAUGAAGCCAACAGCUUCUACCUGAGGAUGAGCAGCCUGCAGGAGAGAGUGGACCAGCUGGCCGUGAAAGUCACCCAGCUCGACUCCACUGUGGAGGAAGUCUCCCUGCAGGAUAUUAACAUGAGGAAGGCCUUCAAGAGUAGCACCAUCCAGGACCAGCAGGUGGUGUCGAGGACCUCUGUCCCCAACCCUGUGGUGGAGAUGUACCAUCGCUGUGACAAACCUCCUCCGCUCAACAUUCUCAGCCCCUAUAGGGAUGACAAAAAGGAUGCAUUGAAGUUCUACACUGACCCCUCCUACUUCUUCAACCUGUGGAAGGAGAAAAUGCUGCAGGCCACCGAGGACAAACGCAAGGAGAAGAGACGACAGAAGGGCUGUCCGGCCCACCCUGACAGGCCCCACUCCAGACAGGCCCCACCCAGGAGCCCCCUGUCCAUCUCUGAGCAGCAGAAGCAGGUUGAGGACCCGGGCAGAGAGGUGAAGAAGGUGCGUAAGGCUCGUAACCGGCGCCAGGAGUGGAACGUCCUGGCCUAUGACAAAGAGUUCAGACCAGACGCCAGGCUCACCCCUUCCCCUUACCAUGGCAUGUCCUCAGAGGGCUCCCUGUCCCCUGAUAGCAGGUCAAUGGCGUCCGACUCCUACCCUGCAAGCCCCAACCACCCCUCCACCCAGGCCCCCAGUGCCGUCCACCCCACGGACCACAGCAGGGACCACCUCAGCGCAGCAGCCCAGACUCAGUCGCUGGAUCGGGUCCUCAGGCCGGCCAACCAGCCCCCAGGGCCUGCGCCUGGAGGGCGACAUGCAGCCUCUCUGGGCAGGACCCCAUCAGGACACGGGGUCCAGGCUGGCGGAGAUCCAACGGUUAACGGGCCGAGGCAGCAGUCGGUUAAGGAAUACCGGGCCGGGCACGGCGGCCAGCCCUCCACCAUCCCAGAGUACUACAUCCCACCCGCUCCUCCUCCCCCUCCCCCAACCAUCCCCUCGGCCCAGACCGCCUUCGACUCCACCACGGCCCCGCCCCCCGGCGCCGCAUCCGCUGUCCCCCCCACCUCCUCCGCCCUCUCCCGCCCCUACUCCCCUUCCCCUCCUCCUCCCCCGGCCAACUACGUGCCCUCCCCUUCCCACCCACCUUCAGGCGCACCGCCGGCCGCCCCUCCUCCGCCGCCGCCUGGAGCCCCCGCGGGCCACCAGGCUCACCCUUCACCACCGCACGUCGCUGUUGGCCAGUCGGCUGUGGAUGCGGCGCCCUCGACCAGGAAGUCCACCAUGCUGGGGAUGAUCCCGAUGAGCGACGCCCGCUCCGACCUGCUGGCCGCCAUACGUAGAGGCAUCCAGCUGAGGAAGGUGCAGGAGCAGAGGGAGCAGGAGGCCAAGAGGGAGCCAGUUGGCAACGACGUGGCCACCAUCCUCUCUCGCCGCAUCGCUGUGGAGUACAGCGAGUCCGAUGACGACUCCGAGCUUGACGAGAAUGAAUGGUCUGACUAAAACAAUUUUAGAGAGUGUGACGGGUGCACGGUGGGUGGUGUGCACUGGGAGAAGGAGAGGGUGAAACAUUGAGACACUGAGGUGAAAAUGAAGGGGUUUGGUUAAUGUUCAUCAUUUACAUUUUUACAGUAGGAAAAAAUGAUCAAUCACACAUACAUUCACACUCAUACUUGCAGCCUCUGAACAUUGAGCACUUCUACAGCAGCAGGUUGGUAAUUUCAGCUUGCUCGGUUGCCCCUGACGACGCCUAUUCUUGAACUGAAACCCUAGAGGUUUGUGUGUCGAACCACUGAGGGUGUGUGGCGCGACAAACACACUCUACGUUCACACCAUUUCAACACCCUCCCGCCCCUGUCUGCUCAUUUUUAACCACUAACGCUCAGCUGUGAAAAACAAACGCACCAACGUCUCCCUGCCUACAUAUUGUGACUGAUAAUUAUCAUCAACACUGCAGGUUGAGAGCUUGUAAUAACUGAGGGCCCCUGGUGAGUAUGGGGGGCAAUGUGUUUACAAAGCACAUGGUAUAGCACAAGAAAAACUCAUUGUAGUGCAAUCUUAACUUAUCUGCCAAAUGUUGAGAAAGAAUUUAUGAAAACAAGUCAGGGAAAAAAAAAAACUCCUCAGAGGAAUACUCCGCCUCGCAGGGCCGUGCCUGUUUACGAAACACACGCACUCUCCUGAAGAGGCCUAACUGUCAUUUUGAGAGUUUGGCUCAUUGGUCACCUUAACCAACACAAGACAACAGAAUCAGCUCCAGAAUCUUCGUGUUAUAAAUACUAACAGUAGAGUGUGUAGCAUGUAGCUAACUGUAUAAUUAGUUAGCUUGAUUCUUAUGUCUGAACGCGCAGGGUCAAAACAUAUAUAAAAUUAAGGAUAGAAAUAGUCUUUGGAGCUACACUGUGGCUCAAACAGGAAGUGAGCAAAGUUAGCCAAACAGCUAAAGACCUUUAACUGUUAAUUUAUGACACACUUAUUUAUUUAGAGUGUGUUUAAAGAAAUGAAUUUAUAAUAAGACGCUGAAUAAAAAUCAGUGCCAAGUUUGGUUUGUUUUUUACUCUCCUCCUUCAUGUCUGCAUAAUUAUCGUCACUUUAGGAGGUAGCUGGAUUCACAAGAUCACGCAAGAGUCCAGCCUUGGUAGAGACGGUAUUGUCAAAUCUCCAAGGGUGGAUACAUUUCUACCAUUGUACAGUAUAUACCAUCAUAUCGCCCAACUCUAAUAGCAAUUUUAAGCUUGUGUUUUCAGUUUUGAUAGCGGGGCAAUGACUCUGUUAACAUAUUAUUUGUGUUUUUAAUGUCUCAGAUAUUGCAUUUACAUUUUCAUAAAAUCCUUGGUUGAAACAGGCAGUUUCUUUGACAUCAAAAUUACUUUUUUAACAGAGACCUGUGCACAAGAAACCAUAGCGCUGCCCCCUAAGAGUCGACCACAAGUUAGCCAACUAGAAAGGUCCUUAGCCGGCAAGAUUUCAUUGGUUACUUAGUCGUAGUGCUUCUGAUGGCAUUUGUCAUUUGAGUCAACCACAGUUGUUAAAGAGAAACCAAUCAUAGCAGUGGAGUCUCUAACACAGCUGUCAGUCAUGUCAGUCACUUCCCGUCAACUGUGGUCAAACUAAGCAGUGCUGAUCAAAUAUCAAUCAAGAUUUUGUCGCCGCAUCGCCUAUUUCUCACCUCAAAUGCUUUCAGAACACGUUAAUUUCCAGGGCUGGUACCUGCGGUUAUUCCACAGGCUAGUUAAUAACAUGUCGGGCAGGAAAUCCAAAGUGUGGGAUCAUUUUGAGAAGGUGAAGGACGAACCCAAGGUGAUAUGUAAACUCAUCUUCAUUGGUCGACUACAAACAUGACGUAUCAUCUGAAACAUGGAAGUAGCUACAUGCCCAUUAGCCCACAGCGUCAUUAACAGGCGGCUCGCUCAGUGUGUGACGUGCACUUGUAGAUAAAAUAUAGGCCUAUAUUAAUGAAGGUUCAUUAGUACGGUUUUGUAUUUCUCUGUAAUGUAGCACCAUGUGGGCGACUAUUCGACUAAUGGCCCUAAAUGAAGACUAUUGGUCGAGGAAAAUUCUUAGUCUGUUGCAGCCCUAAUAUCUACACACACAUUAAGAAAAACAAUUACAAGUAGCAUUUAAAAUGCCCAAGAACGAUAUUUUAAAAUCUCUCACUGGUAAAAGUGUCUGCAGAGAGAAAUGUAAAGCUGGUUCUCUUGUGAUGUUUUUGUUCAAGGGAUUCAAAGGCCAAACUCUCAUAAAGGCAGUGAAGCCUUGACCUCAUACCUUUGACAUUGUGAUAUACAGUAGUUCUCCCGUUGUGUAUUAGCUGAAACUGUGAUGAAAGACGCCACCCACCCAUGUUGACGCUGGUUUGGGAAGACAAGUGCCACCAGCUUUGUUGAAGUUUAGUGAUAACUCAUCAUUCAGCCUCCAUAUCACAGCAUCGACCAAUAAAGCGAGCGAGCUUUCGCCAUUAUUUUGUUUUAUUUUUCUAUUUUUUGGUCUUUUGUAGUCAUUCAUAACUUGAAGUCUAACAUUUCAGCCAAUGACUGUGUGCUGUGGUAUUGGUCUUAUAUAAACGCUUCCACACUUAACCACACACCAGAGCCGCACUCACAAAGCUCAUCAUCCUGACUCCAGGGUCGAAGGUCACGUCCGCUCUUUCAUAUGACCUUGCUCACCGUCUGCAACCCUGGACCAGCUCGCUGUCCGUGGAGGCUUUGUGAACGCAGCCCAUGGACUAUAAAUACAUAAGUGUAAGAGACUUGCAACAGUAAUAUACAGUAUAUUAUCUAUCUCUUUUCAGUAUAGGUUUGGCUAAUCCUCAGUAUGAGCUGAUUGGACUGUAGUGUUUUUAUAACGUGGUUUUUCUUUUUAAAACGUGCUGCGGUGAGUUGUUCACUUUGGUUUAUUUUAGGGGUUUUCUACUCAAGGCCAGGAUCGAGGUACCAGAUGAAAUAGUUGGACUUGUGACAGAGAAGCCAGUUGAAGGAUUAUUACAACUUCUUUUACCAGAUGCACCUGCUCUUUAUCUAAUCUCGAGCCAAAGCAACAUCUAAAUAUCCCAUUAUUUAAAAAGGCUUGUAAUGCUGGAUAUAUACAUUUAGUAAAGGUAUACAAUGCAGGAUUACCCAAAAAACAAUGUAAGUAAUCCCUCUCGGUCAUCACUUACGACCCUCUAGAAGUGUGAACGGUGUCUUUAUCUUUAUCUCUGCCUGUAUUUUCUUCUUAUUUUGUUAUGCUCGGGACGUUUCUGGGCACAGCGCUCAGGUGGGGCCAGGAAUUUAUAGAAAUUUAGUGACCAGUUAGCAGAGCGUAGGCAGCACGCAUCCAAGAACAAGCUGAAAACUGUGGACUCGGCGCCAAAGAACACCAAGCGGACUAAGCUUCGGUUGACUAUCACUUUGGCUGGUGAUACCCAACACUUUCUGCAUAGUAUACCUUCAGUACUAAAUAUGUUUCAAUUUCCUAUCCAGAACUGAUUGAAUUUUUGAACUUCUUUUUUUGGUGUCCCUGUGUGGCAGAAAGGCAUUCUGGGAAGUGUAUAGCUACCCAUCAAUGGCACAAUGAGACACAAUUGCCUCCCUUCUUAAUGUGAAAGAAAUUCAUCAAUACUGUCCAAUUUUUUGGAUUUAAGCUGUGGUUUCUAUUUAUCCGUUUAUGUUAACUUAGCCCCUGAUCACACAGAAAGUGUUUUAGCAGCUGGAGGCAGCUUUUUGUAAUUGUUUAAUGAGAAUGAAGCUUUUUGCUGGCGGUUUUUGCGUUGCGAUGCAUCCUGCAUUUCUAGGCGCCUCGCUCUGAACUCUGUGUUGAAAAAACAAAAUUUUUCACCAUCUGUUUUCUCAAUGUCCAAUCAGAUGAUUUGAGAGGCGGGCCUUCUGCGGUGGUCAUGACAAAAGUUAACAGUUGGUAAACAAUGGAGGGGAAACUGGUGGUAGCGAUUGCUGGAUACCCAGAACUAUGCAGCCUGACGAUAGACAGCAGGUUAUCCUAAAAUAUGCCUGGAAACAGGCAUCACGGAUGCAAAGCUCCUGGACCAACUGGUGGUACUCCCCAUGAUCCACCCUCUUUAUGAGGGUCUCAUGUACCCACACAGAUCUCUGUUUCCCUGUGCCCAACAAACUAUUUACUGACAGCCUCCCACCCUCAACCAGAGCUACAGCAAGUACCCUCUGCCUUUUUAUUUAAGGCAGUGUGGUGUGCCUCGCGUUUUGCUACCUUUCUGUGUGAUCAGGGCCUUAAGAUAUUCUAAUCUCCUUGUGAAGAGGAUCUGGGCCAUUGUGGAAACCCAGUCCUCCUAAAAAGCUUGACUAUAAAAUGAAUAUUAGCACUUAAUCAUCAAAACAGCAAUUAGACGACAUCUCAGCGUGUAGGUACAACCUGCUUCUCACUGAAACGUAGACUGUUGAAAUCAUUUCUAUGUAACCAUGAUGUCGAUAAAUAACAUUUGCAAUGAAAUUCGGCCCAAAUUUAAACUGGACAUCAAGAUGUCUUUUUACCUGCAAAUCACUUUAUCACUGUAAACUGGGUAAAACAGCCUGAACCAAACAGAGAGCAUAUGUCUGAGACAGUUUGACAACAAGGUUGUUGCACAAGUUUUAGGCUUUUUGCCUGUUGGUUGAUUACAGAAAACUUUAAGAUUUCUGAACAGAUAUGGCUCAAAAGUAGUUAUUUUGUUUUUGUAUAUAAAUACCACACGUUAGUUGAGGUAACAGCUCACUCAGUAGCUGCACUCUGUUGAAGAAUACAGAUCUAUAACUGGAUAAAAGACUGGACGAUGGGUGGAUGUGUUGACGAUGGGUUCUCUCUGAUUGCUUGGUAUAGCAUUUACGAACGUUAUUGUUGAAGCAACAAAGCACAUAGACCUGCGCCAAAUUUAACAAGGAAAAAACAAUAUCUCAGUCCUGAAGUAUGGCCAGCAUUUUAGGAUCCAAGCACUUCAUGACCUUUCCUUUCCCCUUUCCUAGAGUUUAAAGCUGUGACUGUAAAAGAUUUACAAAUGAGAAAUACCUACCCACAAUCAACAAAUCCGGGAGACAAAAUGCAUUGAAGUCGUAUAUUUUUGAGCAGAGGCACAAAAGGCCGAGAUUUGAAAUCAACCGUGUGUAUCUGUGGCUACUGGCUUGUGAGAAUUCUUCAUUAUGUGUUUGAAAAUGUGAGAAAUGAAUCAUGUUGUAUAGACUUUUGGCGAGGCAGCCUGUAAAGUAAAAUAAGUACAUUUGGGGUUAUAUAACAUAGACAAUGAAACAAAAUAAAACUGUGUAUUGCACACUAAAACCAAUUGUAAGCAAGUAUGCAUGUAACUAUAGACAAUAAAUGGUGAACAAAAUUGUUAUCCU